GCAGACGUAACACAAAUUUUCUACAAGUGGACGACGUUGCAUGCACGCGAAUUUUGCUCCGUGAAGUGCAGUGAAAAAUCGGUUCAAAUAGCUGUGAAAAUGUGCGGAAACCAGUAGAAAGUAACUGAAUUUCAAUCUUUGCAUCCGAUAGUGUUAAAGGAGAAGUUCUGAGAUAUCAUACCGUAGAAAAAUUAUCUACCCUUCUAGUUAAUUGAAAAGAGUGUUCAACUUAAAGCAUAUCGUAAGCGGCGGAAGUCUUUCAGUGCCUCUGUUUCAAGUGUUAUUCGCACUGAAAGUGUGUGCUGAGAGGAAAAGCAAAUUAUCCUUUGAAGGUGGGCAUCAUGGCUGCCGCACCACAAAAUCAGGCGGCUGUAGAUCGGCGAGCCCGGGAGAUCGAGGCCGAGUAUUCGUCUAGUUUGGCCGAUUUGAAUGUCAACAGUAAGCCGCUGAUCAACAUGUUGACCAUUCUGGCCGAAGAGAAUCUGGACUACGCCCAGGUCAUCGUUAAUGCAGUCGAGAAACAUCUCGCCCAGGUACAGCCAGAUGUAAAGUUACCGAUCCUGUAUCUAGUGGAUUCUAUCGUUAAAAACGUCGGCAGACAGUACAAAGCAAUCUUCAGUCAGGUUAUCGUAACAAUGUUUGUCGGCGUCUUCGAAUCGGUAAAUGAAAGGGUUCGUGAAAAAAUGUUCAGUUUGCGUCAGACGUGGAACGAUGUUUUUCCUCAGUCGAAGUUGUACGCUUUGGACAUCAAGAUCAACUCGAUCGAUCCGAAUUGGCCGAUAACUGCUCAAAUACGCCCGGCUGCUCAAAAGUCUCCAUCAAUUCACGUUAACCCCAAUUUCCUGAAACCUCAAGUAAAAGCCGAAGAACCGGAUACGACGAAUGUCGAUAUGGAACAACAGCUGCGAGAUAAGCAGCGUGAGCUUUUGGAGCUGAAAGCUAGGAAGCUUGAGCUGGAACUUUUAGCCACCAAAAAACGAAUCGAAGAACAAGAAAAACAAAUUGUUCUACAAACGGCCAGUGUUUCUAAAGAGGCUGAACCGGACACUAAAAAACUUACCCAAUCUACGAAGUGUGUUACAUUGCCAGCGACAAAAGGGCGUAUAAUUCCCCCCAACGCGGCCAUGAUCAAUCUAGUGAAAUCUCGUGACCCUCGAUUAGCGAGACAACAAGCUCAGCUAGCCGCUCAACUGACGGCUGCGAGUACAAAUUCAACUCCAACAUUAGUUGCGGGGAUCCAAAUUCCCCCCGGACCCAUCGUUCUGGACCCUUCAGGAAAGCCGAUCAGUAUAAAAGACCGCCUAGGCCGUAUACCUAAACGUGUGGAUCCACGACUAAAAGUGGAAAAUGACCGGAAAAAACUAUCCUCGGCUGUGUCGUCUGCUACGAAUAAGGACGAAGCUACCAAAAAACGCGAUAAAGAUAGUUCCAAGGUCAGCCGGAGUAAUUCAUCCAAAUCGACCAGCUCGGAGAGGAAAAAAUCAUCUUCAGAUUCUUCCUCACCAAAGAGCAACAGCUCACCGAGCAAGAAAAAGCUAUCUUCCUCCGAUAAGUCCCCCUCUCGAAGUGAUAAAAUUUCACCCAAAUCGAGUCGGAUUUCCAAAAGUAGCAGCAGCAACAACAGUGUCCGUAAACAUCAUGAUACGUCCAGGAGCCCCGAAAAAUCAGCAAACAUUCAGCGGUUGGACCAUAUUCAGCAGCUACCCAUCAACAAUCCAUCGAAAGACGUGGACCUGCGUGUGUUGAUUCCAGAAAAGAAGCUGAAAUUGGAUCAUCCGGAAUUGCAACUACCGUUACCAGAGCAUCAGGCAAAACUAGUUAGCAAUCCAUUAGCUGAUCAAAAGAAAUCAGCCAUGGGCGAUGUGUUAAAAGCAGCAGUAGAUCCAUCAGCAGCGACAGUCACCAAAGAUGUUGAUUUGCGGAUACCUCCCCCAGGACUGUUGAAGGAGCCACUUGAACUUCCAGCCAUUUCCUUACAACCCAUCAAGGAUUCUAUUGUACCAUUGGGCACCAUCGAGUCUGGAAUUAAUGUUACUUCAAUCGGACCAGUCGAAAAUAGUGAAACCAUUGCACCCUCGGUUUCAUCCGCGACUGGUUUGAAUGAAGUUUCCAAGAAGCGCAGCAGCACAAGCAACAACAGCCAGGAUGAACCAUUAACCAAAAAAUCUAAAGCGGAAAAAAUAGAUAUGCUUUUUGGGAACGAAGAUGUUGACCUGCGUAAGUUCACUGCUCCACCGAAAGUGGAUGUUUUAGUACCACCUCCACCAAUGAUUUCGGAAACAACAAGACCGGCGUCCUAUUCUGAUUCAUCAGAAAAUAAUCUUAAUAUCGAAUCUUCAUCCAAAGCAGCACUGCAGGCGGUGCGUGCUAAAAUCGCCGAAGCUACCAAGAACAAAGAUCGUGAUAAGCUUGGCAGACCAUUGUUAUACAAUAAACUAUCAGAUGAUCCAGUGGAGCGUCGAAGAUCCUACACCGAUCCAAAACCAGUGGACGUUGACUUACGCCAACAACAGCAACUACAACACCAACAGUUCCAAGACACCGCCAAUGAUGAACUCUCACAAGAUGGUAUGACUGCUAAUAUUCGAACCAUUAUUGCCCAAGCUCAAGAACAAAUGGAGAAAGGAGAAAUUACACCUGAACAGUAUAACAUACUGAUGAAACAGGUAAUACAACUCAACGAAACACAGAAGAUCAGACAGGCUCAACGGAUGGAAAUAAUGAAAAAGCAAGCAAUGAAGAAGGUUACUGAACAACAUCCGCAAGCGAUGAAACCUGAUACUAUCGGGCACGCGUUUGGUGGUCAGGAAACGACGAGUGGCGGUUUCAGUCCUAACUUCAACGAUGAAAAUGAGAUGAAACCGAACGGUCCUCCUGCGUUAAAUAAUGAUCUUCGUGGUAAAAUAGAUUCAAACUCUAAAUUUGCCGAUGCAAUGCCUGAUAUAAGGCGACGUGAUCCUCGACGAACUCGUGACAUUCGUUUCAAUCCUCCGUGGGAUAAUCGAGGACCGAUUCAAAUGCCUCCGGUGCCACCAGGUCCUGUUAUGAAUCGUGCUCCAGGACCAAUAUUAAAUUCUUGGUCUGGACAAGGGCCAUUCCCAAUGAUCGAACCACCACCACAAUUUCCACCACCACCAAUUACUGGUUUGAACAAGCUUCCUCUAGUAAAUGCACCCGCACAGGUACCAAAGUUAAACGAAAGCGUGCGUACCAUCAAUAUCGAUGGCAUACAGCGUGAAAUUCGAUUCUACGACGAUAUAGCGGUCAUUUUCAUGAGUUGGGAUGAACCGAAAGAGAUCGGUUUUCAAAAAGGUUCCCGCAUGGUCGUUGUCGAUGAUCGGGAUUCUUUUGAGCUAUGUUUCAAUGAUUGUUACAAAGCAAUUACCAUUGAAGGACGCGUAUACCAAAUGAAACUAGGAUCUCCGACUCGGGAGCUCUACAUCGAUGACAGCUGGCACGAGUGCUAUUUUGGUGAUCCUCCAACUAGUAUUGUACUGGAUGGCAUAACCCGUGUGUUUAAAAUUAGUGGCCCUGCACCUCAGGUGAAAAUUGGUGAUAGUCGGAAUGAUUUAGUUGCUGGUAAAAUCAACAUGAUUGUGAAUGCUGAAAUUAUUAUACCGGUAUUUCUUGAUUCUCUCAGUCAGACCUUUGAAAUUCAAGGUCAAACACACCGUCUACAGUUUGCCGACUUUUUGCUGUCAGUGAUAAUCAAUGAGCAAGCAUAUCCAGUGGAGUUUGGCGGCUUACCAAAAGUGUUCAAAUUACGUGGUAAAGAUUAUUACAUCCGGUUCACUGCUCUUCCAAAACUCGUGGUACCUGGACGUGUUUAUAUUCGCGAUAUGAUUCGAACCUCACUUUAUCGUGAUUUGCGUACACCACCACGUGAUUCAAGCAUGGUACCAUCUUACAUUCCCCCUAUGAUGGGAUCAAUAUCUGCCCCACCGAGCGUGUCUGGUAUCUUUCCUGCCGCGGCUUCUGUGAUGCAACAAUCGCAAAUACAGCCGCCAAUGACCGCUGGUCUGGACUAUCUCACUAAUUUGAUGCCACAUCAUUCUGGAGCCAAUGCAUCUCACAACUUGGCUGGAUAUAGAAUACAGUCUGAAGAUAAACCUAUAAAAGUUUCCCCAGAUCCACCUACUACAUCUGUGAAUCCAACAGCUUCUCUAAAUGUCCCUAUACUACAGAACAUCAAUAUAGACGAGCUAUAUAAAAAAAUUGUCGCCUCUGGAAUUCUUACCAAAACCAAAAGUGCUCCGGCUGCUCCCAUUGCGGCCACUCCUUCUGUUCAAGUACCUACAGCUACAGUUACUACAAUUCCAAUAGUGACAGCCGUCAACAACAAACAACCGGAAAAAUCACUUGAAGAAGAGCUCGAAACUAUUGAGCCUAUCUAUUUAAAUAAGCCCGAAACACUUAAACGUCGGCAGUCGGCUAUUGUUUCGCAACUUUUCAAUGGAAUGCAAUGCAGUAGCUGCGGCGUCCGAUUUCCGCCAGAACAGACUAUGAAGUACAGUCAGCAUUUGGACUGGCACUUCCGACAGAAUCGACGAGAUCGUGAUUCUGCUCGCAAAGCCCAUUCAAGGAAAUGGUAUUAUGAUGUAUCAGAUUGGAUCCAGUAUGAAGAGAUCGAGGAUCUCGAGGAACGCGAAAAGAACUGGUUCGAAACGCAACAAGGCGAGCAAAUUGAAUUUAAUGGUGACGGCGAUCAAGGAGGAGGACGCAAUGUUGACUCACCACCACCCAGUUGUCCAGCCGGUUCUGAUGAAGUAGAAAAACGAUGCCAUAUGUGCCAUGAUGAAUUUGAACAAUUUUACAAUGAAGAAACGGAAGAGUGGCAUCUAAGAAACGCCAUCAGAGUGGAGGAUGAUAUAUACCAUCCAUUGUGCUACGAAGACUACAAAGCUUCUCUCACAAUGGACGAAACCGUGUUGAACACGACCAAUGAAGAAAGUAAAACGGAAGAUGAUAUCAUUAAAGUGAAAACAGAGGUUGUAAGCGAUCCCGAUGAUUCCGUCAAAGAAAUAACGCUAGAUGAUGACGACGAUGUUAUUGUAUUACCACCAACCGAAGAAGUCGUAACAGAAAUUCCGGAUGAUGAUGAUAUUGAAACAGUUGAUUCUGUUUCCACUUCCGACGAACGGCAAGUUCCUUCAGCGGCAGCUAUUGAUGACGACAACAGCAAAUCGAAUAAUGGUUCAGACGAGAAACCCGAAGUCGGAAGCGCUCCUAUAACGGAAAAACCUCAAAUCAUUGAAACCCGAAUCGAUGAUGAUCUUGUAAUUCAGGAACCUACCAUCGAGAAGAUAGAUGUAACGAAUAUGGACGAAAGUGAGGAUUUGGGCAAAAGCGUGUCUCCGCCGAAGAUAAUAAAAGUAAAGCAAGAACCGAAGGACGAUGACGAAAUUGACGAAGAAGACGCACUGUUCGAGGACGUGGGAACAAUUGAAUCCUCAAUGAUUAUCGAGGACGAAAUGUCGAAAGAUGCAGGAACGGUCGAUCUUGAAUCGCUGCCAUCACCACGAACACCACCAUUGGAAAGUACUAGUCAAGGGCAACUUUUACCGUCUAUUGAUGGUAACGUGGAGUUGCAAGAUGCUCCUGCCACCAGUAUUAUAACAAAUCGAAUCAAAAUAAACAUCACAACAGCUAAAACAACAUCAAAUGUUUCAAAUAGCAUUCACAGUUCCGCCACCAGUACAGCGAACAAUACAUCCAGCGAUCUGUCACAACAUCAUAACGCUGGCAGGAGUGGAGGAUCAAGUAUUUCCGUGUUGAUAAGCGGUGGCAGCACUAUGUACAACGACAAUAGUAACGAUGAUCUGUACAGCAACAUGGAUGAUAUGCAUCAUACUGGAGAAAACAGCCAGAAUAGCAGCAACCAGUUAUUAAUGAUAAUGCCUGAAGAAGAACUGAAUGAUUCUAAUAAAGGUCCGGUCGCGGUGACCGAAGAAGAACCGACUGAUAUUGCGUAUGAUUUGAAGCCGAGCUUGCGGGGCAUUGAAUUCACCCGGCAACCUCGCGUAGAAAACGGAUUUGACACGUCCGGACUUUGUUCUAUAAUGUAAAUUAACUAACCUAUCCAUUAUGUGUAUAUUAUGAUGCGGAAUAGUAAUAAGAGUGAUCCAACCGUAAAAAGAAACAAAAACGAAAUUGUGAUAUUCGGUUGCAAUCUCUGUCACGGUGGCCCCACGAAGAGGGGUGUUCCGGGCGGGCUUUAUUGUGACCAUUCUAGAAUUACGCAACAGUCCUUUAGUAUAUAAGGUACCCAGCAACAAUCGAAAUACUUAAGAAGUGUGUAAAAAUCUAGUGAAAAAAAUCACAACUUUCAUUUUUUUUAAACCAGGUUUAGUAUGUAUUAGUAUUUCUCCUGAUAGUCAUAAGUUCCGUUGUUUUGAAGAAAACUGGAAAAUAAACUGAUUCAUCCCCUUUCAUCUUCAUCACCCAUCAUAAAACAUUUUGGAAACAGGCGUGCUUCGAAAAGUUUUUUUUAUGCAAUAAAAUGAAACGUUACAAACGGUGUUGUACAAUUCAUGAAAGAGAAAUGGAGAAUUAGUAUUACUCUUGGAUUGAUUUUGUUUGUGAAUAUUUUUACUUCUGUAUAUAUUAUUUGAAAAAAAAAAUGUUUUUUUUUCUUAUAUGGGAAUCUAUACUCUU